UCUUGCAGUCAGCUGGGUUUGAAAGAGCGUAGACUCCUUCGCUAGACGCCGCUUCACUCACCACACAGACCAUGGGCAACUGCAUUAAUCUGGACAAGAAUCUAACCCAUACCCUGGAUUUUACAGAUUUGGAUUGGGAGGACCUGUUUGGCAACUUUACAGAGAAUUAUGGUGAAGGUGACGAUUACACCUGUACUGAACCAUGCCAAUACACAUAUUGCUCCGUCUUCAGCAGCAGUAUCCCAGCAUUCCUGGCGGUAGCCGGCACCCUGGGCUUACUCUGCAACAUGGCCCUUGUCAUAACUUUGGCCAAAUACCCGUUAUUUUGGGGCAAACGCCACGCCGGCAAAACCAAGAUCUUUCUGAUGGCAACGGCAGCUGCCGUCUUUGGUGCCGUCUUGCCAUUUCUCGCAGUGGAAAUGGGCCCGGGCCAGAUCUUUGGGGACAAUUUCUGCCCGGUGGCCCGUGCACUGAAAUACGGCUGCGUCUUUGCUCAGGGCCUUCUGGUGGCUGGCAGCGCGUGGAAAAUGUCCUGGCGCUUCCCUGGCUUGCUCUUGCCCAUUGUCCUCUGGCUCGUGGGGUUCCUCUGCGGGAUACCUGCCGGCAUCAGCAGCAGCACAGGUGAAUUCUGUAUCCCGAGCCAGGAAGUUGAGUUAUAUCCGUGGUCUCUGGCCCACACCAUCAUCUGCCUUGUUGUUUUUGUCAUCUUGCCAUUGGCGAUGAUUUUGGUCAAGGCGGUUCUCAAGUGGGAUGGAUAUAGCUCGCCUAUUGAUGUCACCUGGCUUUUUUACCUCUUCUGGGUACCGUAUGGGGUGGCUCUGAUCCUAGGCGAACUGCGGCAGAAGGACUUGGUUAUCUGCAUGUGUCAUUUCCAGGAACGUCUCGACUACUUCCUGGGGUUGUCAGAGGGCCUGGGCAUUCUUCAUUGUUGCCUCUGCCCCGUGUUGAUCUUGGGAUUCGGCUUCUGUCGCCAGAGGGACGUCCAAGCAGACAAAUGCUAAACUGGGGAUGCUUCUCACCCCUCUCAGCUUCCUAAAAUUGCCAGGGCUUGACAACCAUUUUGUGUGUGUGUAUCAACUGCUAUUUACGCAACCGGCCCCCGGAGACUAUCUUAGUAUGCCGUUGACAACCAAGCUCUUUGUACGGACUUUCCGCAAUCAGGCGCAGAAAACUAUCUUCGCACGCUGCGACGGGCCAAGCUGGACCUGUGCUAAAAAUGAAAACAAAAAAACUGAGUUCCGCAUUCAGACGAUGCAAAUUCCGCUGCCAGAAAUGAUGGAUUCUGCAACAAGAAUAAAGGAUGAUAAAAA